UAUACUACAAUGAUAUAUACUGCUCUUUAUAAUUUCAAAGACCAUCUAUUUUAAUGUUGUUUUGGCCCGACCGGACGUUUUCAUCGUGACGGAACUUGUUCCUGUCGACUUCGCACAUCCAUUGGUGAAAUUAUCGCGAGAUCGCGGUCACUUCCUUUUUGCACGGAACCAGCGAACAAGAUGUCGCUCGUCAUUCCAGAGAAGUUCCAGCAUAUCCUGCGUGUCCUGAACACCAACAUCGACGGAAGACGCAAAAUUGCGUUUGCCAUCACCGCCAUCAAAGGAGUGGGUCGGCGGUACGCUCAUGUGGUUCUUAGGAAAGCAGACAUUGAUCUGACGAAGCGAGCUGGAGAACUCACUGAUGAUGAGGUGGAGAGGGUGGUGACCAUCAUGCAGAAUCCUCGCCAGUACAAGAUCCCUGACUGGUUCCUGAACAGACAGAAGGACAUCAAAGAUGGCAAAUACAGUCAGGUGCUCGCUAACGGUCUGGACAACAAACUGAGAGAAGAUCUGGAGCGUCUGAAGAAGAUCCGAGCUCACCGCGGCCUGCGUCACUUCUGGGGUCUGCGUGUGCGCGGUCAGCACACCAAGACCACCGGUCGCCGCGGCCGUACGGUGGGAGUGUCCAAGAAGAAGUAAAGCUUGAAUAAAAGACACCUGUUUGAUCA